AUGGCCGCGUAUCCAUUUUUCGCCCUCGGCCAGCGAGGGCGCGACCCGGAUAAAUGGUGGCAGGCACUGACGACCAUCCGAAAACUCAUCAAUGAUUGCAUAUUUUCGCAUCCGCCCGCGGCCGACGUCUGUCGCGUUGGCUUGCUCUACGCCGAAAUGGAGCAGCAGCCGGGCCACCCAAAGGUCGGCUACCUGGUGAUGAGGAACUUGUUCCUUGGCAUCGACGGCCUGAGAUAUGAUAUGAAGGGGUGGGACCGGACGAAGGCCGCUGGCAUGACCACCGGGCGUGACAAGGACUUCGACAACGCCAACAAAACCACUUACCAAUUCGUACACAUUCAGACCGUGGGCGACCGUUUGUUGGGGAAGACGCCGUUGGGGAUCCCGUGCGCCGUGAAGCUUUCCAUGAUCGACAUCUUGACGGAAGGCAAACCCCACCAGAUCCGCACCCACGAAACCAACUUGAUCAAGAGCGUGAAAACGGUGAUCUUCCCGAAGCCAUCUCCGACCUGCCAGCCGGAGCCGCGUCUCGAGCAGUUGACCAUCAACGACAACGAUGGCAGCAAGUCGCAAGCAUCGUCGGGCAGCGGUAGCAAGAAGUCCCGCCGUCGCAAUAAGAAACAGAACAGGAAGGGGCCGAUCGAGACUGCGGUACACAUAGGA